AUGUCUACUGAAGCCCCGAAUCAUACCCCGGACUCGCCAGCUAUAUCAAUGAUCAAUAAAAGGAGCGCAAAUAUUAAUAAUAAAAAUGGCUUGGACCAUGAUAAUGCCAAUAGAGCCAGUACCGGUCGCUUGAGUACACCAUUCUCGUCCCGUCCCAAUUCGGGGACAAAUCUCAAUGGUCUUUCCACCAAGGUUCGUUUGAAACGACCCAAAUUGGGCGAUAGAACAGGAUCCACCGAUUCCAUCACCAGAACUCCGAUAUCCCAGAAAGCAUCGAAUCGAUUCACGAUCCAGACCAACGCCCGAGCGGCCAAUGGAACGCCCACGAAUAUCCCCAAUGCAUCGACCCCAAUAAGACGCACGAGUGGCUCGAAUGUGUCUGGGUUUGCGUCGUCGCCGGCGCUCACGUCGCUCGAUAUGGGCAAAAAGCGGUUGGUGGACCAAUUCUACAGCACCUACAAGGACCCGCAAACACUGAGCGGUACGGACCUCUCCCAGUACUUCAAAAAUGGCUCGAACGUGUCGCCCUCGGCUGAAAAGACCUUCAGGUUCACCAACUACGUUACGGGCAACGGGUCUGCCAGCGAAGACUCGCUCUCGUCAGAUGUCAUCGGGGAUUUGGUGCAAUCGGGAGGGUUCGCCUACAUCCCCACGCAAAACCACCCCACCCACGACGAAUCUUUGACUAACCAGCUUCUCAACGUCGACUCGCUUGUGGCCGAUCAGCCAUCCCCCGACGACCAGGGCGAUGGCCUUCCCAACGGUCUCGCGGCCGUUGCCCUGUCGCUAAGUUCCUCCCUCGUCACCCACACGAGAGAUUCGCUUGCUGUGUCUCCUUCCCACUCCCACGCUCCUCCUGCCAUCACCAACCUCGACGCCCUCUCGCAAUAUCUCAAGGAAGUCCGUCGCUCCACUAUCGACAUCCUCAACCACUUGGACUCGAACAAAGACGUCCUCAAGGAAAAAUUCCGCUCCGAUAUCAACAGCAGUGUCAGCAAGCUCGACGAGAUUGUCACGGUGGUCAACGCCUUGGAAUACAGGCUCAACUACGUCCGGUCCGAAGUCAACCGUAACAAGCAGAUCAUGUCUCAGAAUCUUUCCCCCAAAAUUGCAUUACUCGAAAAAAUCGACAAAAGAAUGGCCGAAUACGCGCAUGUUUCGAGACGAAGACACUUCAGACAACUCUCUACCGUCUCCGUUCUCUUGUUGGUCCUAGCUCUUCUAUAUACCCUAUAUAUUCGUUAA